UUUGAUUCAUUUUGCUCGCUUUGGUUCAUGGCGUUCGCUUCUCGUUUCGGCUGCUAGGAAGUUUCGGAAACGGCAUAGGGACGUUUCAUGCGAUCCGGUGGUAGUCGAGCUUCGAUGGAACUUUUGAGCGAGCCUUGCAAGCAACAGAGUCAUGGGUUGAUGGAUUGAUGGUUCCUGGCCUUUGGAUUCUCUUGUUCGUCCAGACAUUGUACUGUAGCAGCGAGAACUGCUGAGGCAAAAUGAAAUUCGAGAAUUCCAGAGGAAAGAUGUCCUUCUUAGCAGCAUGACUGCCAGGUGGUCAUUAUGGUUAAAUUCAAUAUCAGUCUACUCAUUUUUUGACUACUUAACUGGUAUGUUUUUCAACACCAUUUGAACAUUCAUGGAGCAGAGAUGCAUGCUCAAGUUUGUUGCAGCUCCUUGUUAUGUCAACAAGCAUUGGUAAUUUCCUUUUGCCGGGUUAUGAUCUAUCCAAGAUAUCAUCUUACAUUUCGUGUCUUACGAAGUUUGAAUAAUGGCGAAUUUGCUAACAUAAUCCAUACACUCUGAAACUGAGAUGCACAAGUUUGGUGAUAGCCUUGAAGAAUCACAAACAAGCGGUGCUCUUAUGGUGACUUAUUCUGUUCAUUAUGUUUUUUCGACAGCAUUCCAGUAGUAUUUACCAGCGGUAGAGCUUAUGGGAGAGCAUAACGAGAAGAUGAAUCACCAGACUCCGGAGUUGUCGAAGAAGGCCAUGCAGAGGAAUGUUUCUUCUCUCAAGAUUGUAUUUCCAGCUCCAAGAUCUUCUUCCAGUCACCCACACAUGCUGCAGUCUCAAUCACAUUCUGUUGGCUCUGGAAGCAAUGCAGUGAUGAGGAGCACUGGACAGACUAGUCCUGAUAAGAGCACGUCGUGUUUACCUGCGGGAUGCAGAUGUCGCACCCCUCUUCCUUUUGCACAACAUCAACAAGCACUUUCUUCCAAGACAACCAAUUUGAAGCCAGAUAAUUCCGGUUUGGUGGAGAAUAUGCUAUCUGAAGCAAUGGCACAGAAUGCGAUGGAGGACAACAACAAGACAGAAAGCAUAGAAGAAGGGGAAUUUAUCCUUCAUAAAUCUCCCGAUGCUUCGGUAAAGAGCUCUAUGAUUGUGCAUGAUGUCAUAUGGAGUGGAAAUGAGAAAAAGUCUGUUUUGCAAGGGCAAUCACAUCCUGAUGGUUCUAAGAGCAACAUGAAGAAUAUGACUAGAGAUUCUCUAUCUCGGAAGUGCUUGUUGACUCGUAGAGAUUUCCCUCCAGGAUGCGGAAGUCGUGGCCCCUGUCUUAGCCCAACAGAACACCAGGAUGAGCUUCUGUGUUUUAUAGCAACAGGUUUGAAGAAAGAUGCUCCUAGUCUGCCAGACAUUAGGGUGUUAGAGGACCUCAAAGAAGCAGAGUUCAUUCCCAAAAAGUCUCCCGAUGCUUCGAUCAAGAGCUCAGUGACUGCACAUGUCUUUAAAUGGCGCGGGAACAAUGAUCAUGAUGAUCUUCAAGGCGUUGGUGCUAAGGAAGCAGGGUCACAGCCCCAAAUUAAAUUUCAAACAUCUUCCAAGAGUACGUUGAAAAAGGCAUGCCUAAGAGAAGAGAACAUCCUUUACCAUCAUUGUGACGAAUCAAAUAGAGAUGUCCGAGAUAUGAUCAAAGAGGCCAAGAAGAGUGUUCAAUGUCCUCCUGGCGCAUCCCCAAUUAUGAAGGACCAAGGUUGUAAGAGAAAGUCUCUUGACAAGCGAAGCAUCAAGAAGUCAUUAGAGGGAAGCGCACCGGAUAGCUCGGAAAGUUUGCAGGUUGGUCCACGAUCAGAUAUUGGGAGAGCGAGCACUUCAUUUUCUGAGCUCAGAAAUGCAAAUGUUAUGCGCAAUAACAUGCAUAAUUUGGCUAGAGACAAGAUGACCGAAGCUCUAAGACUCUACAGAGAUAUUUGUCGCAAGCUCUCUCUAGAAAAAUCGAAAGCAGGUAAAAAGAGUACGUGCAUUAGGAGGAUAGAUUUUCAUGCUGCGAAAGAGGUCAAGAAAAGAGUAGGAUAUGUCCACGGCGCAAAGCAAUUUAUAGGAGCUGUUCCAGGAGUAGAAGUUGGUGACAAAUUCCAUUACAGGAUGGAACUCGCUGUUGUCGGGCUCCAUCGCCCUCCUCAGAAUGGCAUCGAUUACAUGGGAUCUCACCCAGACAUCCUAGCCACGAGUGUUGUCGCUUCCUGGGAUUAUACAGAUAAUCUCAGUAACCCCGAUGAGCUGGUUUAUUUGGGCCAGGGUGGAAUGCCUGGUCGUGACAAGGAGGCUGAAGAUCAGAAGCUUACUCGAGGGAAUUUAGCUCUAGUGAACAGCAUGAAGAGAAACAAGCCAGUAAGAGUGAUUCGCAAGGAUAGGGAUCACACUUUCACGUAUGACGGGCUGUAUGUGGUGAACAGUUACCGAAAGCUACAUCGAGAGAAUAGGCAAAUGGUCUUCAAAUUCCUGAUGAAGAGACUCCCAGAUCAACCUGAGAUUGGCCGGAAGAAGAAGAUGAAAGUGCUCGAGCCAUCGUGAUGGGAAGAAUUGACGCCCAUCAUUACGAAAGAAGAGAGAGAUUGAACAUUCUGAGUCUUAGAAUACACAGUUGUUGUGCGUGGUAGAUCAAGCUAACGUUUUGUUUUGCAGACAUGUCAUUUCUGUGAUUUUUAUCCUCUGUGUUCCUAGGAACGUUACCAUCGUAUCGCUUGUUUACAGUUUGCUUUGAUGGAACUCUUUUUUAGAGCAACUGUAGUUGUAGUUUACGUUAGUAAUACCAAAAGACAAGGAUUGCAAAUUCGCUCGUU